ACAUAUCAAAUAUAUACAGUUCACAAAUUAUAAGCUGUGUAUAUAGCGACCACAGCAGUUUGGUUACUUAUCAAGCAUGAAAUAAGUAUUUUCCGCCUACUUUUUAUUGUAGUUAAAUUAUUUUGUAGUAAACAUUAGUUUAUUACUUUAUACUUUUUAGUUUAUAUAUUUUUUUACUGUAUAUAUAUUUAUAUUUAUAUAUACUAUAAAUAUUUCAAAAAGCUUUGUAUCUGAAGAGUUUACAAAAGUUUAAAGUUUGUAAUAUUAUAUAUUUACGGAAAAAAAAUUUUACGAAGAAAUAAUAUAUAUAUAUAUAAUUAUGGAUAAUCAAUCGAUUAAGAUUUACAAUGAAGAAGAUUUCAAAAAAAUAACCAAAGGGAUCAAAGUGGCUCAAUGUAUGAGAAUUAAAUCAUCAGUUUCAGAGUCAAAGAAUCCAUUGAGUUUAUUAGAUGAUUUAGUAAUAUCGGAUUCUUUAAGUUGUUCAUUUUGUAACACCGUUUUUGAGGAUCAAUCUCAACAACGACUUCAUUAUAAAUUAGAUUGGCAUCGUUAUAAUUUAAAACAACGAUUAAAUGGUCUUAAAUCAAUUACUGAAGAUGGAUUUAGUCUUCUUGCUGAAAAAGAUGAUGUUUCGAGUAUAUCUGGCUCUGAACAGGAAUCGGAGAAUGAAGAUGACACUGGUACCUCGGAAACGGGUGGGAAAAACACUCCCGUGUCAUCUGGCUCGUGUGAAAAGAAAGAAAAUUCUCUUCUAGCCACAGCAAGCAGACAUGCCAAAGUUUUUUUUGAAAAUGACGAGGGCAAUAUUUUCAGUAUCUAUCGAUGUUUAUUACAUAACAAAAAGGAAAUUCCGGAAAUUGAUAAUGAAAUGAUUGCACAAGCCAUGGAAAGUGGAAAGAAAUCAACUUGGACUGUAAUAAUGCUUGGAGGUGGACAUUUUGCCGCUGCAGUAUUUAUAGGUGGCGAGGCUGUUGUGCACAAAACUUUUCACAGUUAUGUUGUUAGAGCACGACAGGGAACAUCUCAAAAUAAUCGAGAUGGUCGCUUAUUUGGUCAUACAAAAAGUGCCGGAGCAAGUCUUCGACGUUAUAAUGAAGCUGCCUUUAUUCAGCAUGUACAGGAUAUACUGGAAUCAUGGACAACGCACAUCAAUAAUUCGUCUUUGAUUUUAUUCAGAGCCGUGGGGCCUUACAAUCGAAGUGUUCUUUUUGGGGGAAAAAAUCCUCCACUUGAUAAAAAUGAUCCAAAACUACGACCACUGCCAUUUCCUACAAGACGAGCGACUUUCAGUGAAGUUCAACGGGUUUACGAUAUUCUUAGCACAAUGGAAAUAUAUGGUUCAGCGGCGGAUUUUGCCGAUUGUUUUCCAAUUUCACCGCGUCAGCCAUUGAGGAAAAAAUCGUGGAAAAUUGUGUCAAUGGACGAUGAAAGUAAAAAUGGAACAGUUGCAAAAAAUGAUGACAGUAGUGUAAGUAGCGUAAGUAGUCCUUCGGAUGAUAAAAAGAAAGAAGAAAGACAGGCGCGAGUCUCAACACGAAUGCAAAUUGAUAGAUCAAAACCAAGAAAAAGUCCCCGACGACCACUGCCAGAUAUAGUAGCUAGAUUGGCACGUUCAUCAUCCGAAUCAGAUUAUGGCUGUCAGGAAAAUUCUUCAAAUAACAUUAAUUUCCAUUUAACUGCCGAAGAUUUGAAAAUUGAUUUUGAAGAAAAUUUACAAGCAUUCCAAGACACCGUUCCGAGAUAUUUGAAAAAUAAAAAAAUGCGUCAACAAAAGAGAAAAACAAGAAAAGAACGCAGCGAAGAACAAUUGCCAACUAGUUUAUUCCUAACAACAAAACUAAAAUUAUGGUCAACAUUUAAAUCGAGAGAUUUUGAAGCAUUAAUGACAAUUUUAGAAGAUUUUUUGUCUAUUGUACAAAAUUGUAAUAAUGAAGAGAAUAAUGAAGAAAAUAAAAAUAAUAAAUCGAGUGUAAUUGGAAAAGAUGAUGUAUUAAAAAUAGUAAAUGAUUCGGAUGAAGAUGGAAAUACAUUAUUGCAUUUAGCGGCAAUAAGUGGAAAUCUAAAGAGCGUUUGGAUUUUAAUGGAUAUAGGUUCUGAUCCUUGUAAUAAAAAUAAAAAAUUACAAACUCCAUAUGUAAUUUCAAGUGAUAAGGAAAUUAGAAAUACAUUUAGAAGAUAUUUAAGUAUAAAUCCUGAAAAGUUCAAUUACAGUAAGUCUCAAAUUCCUGGACCACUUAAUGAUGAUAUUGAAACACAAGAAUUGGAAAAAAGAAAACAGCAGAGAAAAUUGAAACGCGAUAAAAAGAAAGAGAAACGAAAGGAGUUUGAAAUUAAAAAACAAGCGGAAGCUGCAAAACAAGAAUUUCUUAAUCUCAGCGAUAGGGAAAAGAGAGCUUUGGCUGCCGAAAGAAGAAUACAACAGCGACAAGGAAAUAAAUGUACAUUGCAAUGUUUUCAAUGUGGAAAUGAUAUUCGAAUACAAUCGUCCUUUGAAUAUAAUGCCAAUCAAUUUUGCUCAAUGCCAUGUUUAAAGGAGCACAGAUUGCAUCACAAAUUUAUUGCAUAAUUUUACAAAACUUGAGUGUCGAGAAAAAAAUUAUAUUGUGUCGCUUUAAUGAAUAAAAAAAAGAAAA